AUGGAGGGCGAUGAGGUUAUCGGCGCACCAAAGCAUCCUGAUUGGCUGCAAAUGGUGCGCAUCAAGGAAGGGGAAGUUCCCCGCAUGAUCACCUAUGUUUCGACUAGGCUCUCCCGCUAUCGUCCUGCCAUGCGUUGUGACAUUGUCGACCAUCGCGACAUCUUCAUCCUCUCCCUCUUUAGUGGGGGCGAGGUUCUUAACUUAAUGAACGUCUACUCUGACGAUCAACACACAGCUAUUGAGCACCUCGCUGCUCGUGUGCAUUCUUUGCCACCUUUCAUCUAUAUCGCUGGUGACUUCAACUGCGUGUUGACGACCUGGGAUGACUAUGAGCAUGGCGAGUCAUUGACAGCAAUAUCGUUGCAGGAUACCGCAUCUCAGAUCGGCCUCGAAUGGGCACGACCUUCUAAUCAUGGACCGACAAGGAUCAGUCCUAAUCCAAACCAGAGAUCCAACGUGUUGGAUCUUGUAUUCUUAGCUCCAUCUGAGAUCCUAAUCUCAAUGCCCAGAUUGGAGCACAAUCUCCAGGGUCCGUCAGAUCAUGUCCCGAUCUGCACAGAUCUUGAUAUCAGUCCUGAACCGCCCGGAUGUGGGCAACAGACAAUUAAACCCGGAAGCGAGGCUGAGAAGUCUUUCAUUUCGGAUAUUCUCCGGGAUCUUGCGGCUAUUCCUGUCGCAGCCCCGGCAACCAAGGAAGGCGUUGAAGCUUUAGCUGAUGCUAUCGCGACCGCGUUCUCGGACGCAUGGCUUGUCCAUUCGACUGAGUCCAAACCUACCAAGCGCUCCAAGUCCUGGUGGACGGACAAGUGCUCGGAGACAUUCGGAGUAUAUCAGUUGAGCCGCUCACUGGCUGAUUACAACAAGUUUAAGAAGGCGUGUAAGGACGCCAAACGUGACUUCUUCGACGAACGCAUCGCGGAGAUCGCUACUUCUCGCAAGCGCCCGUGGGACCUAAUGGAAUGGGUCAAACAGCGCAAGCUACCACCCUGUGAGGCUAUUCGCAAUGGCGACCAGCCUUGCCAUGAUAUGGACGACCUCUGGGACGCCCUGCACGGCACGUACAACUUGGCUCUGGUCGCGAGUACGAUGCCUCAGUCUUCGACGAGCUUCCCGACGAGCCGGUCCGGGUGCUCCAACUCCUCUGCACCAGGACCGGACCACGUUACAUGGGUCCACCUAAAGGAGCUGCUCAAGGAUAAACACGUCCUUGUGCUCUUCAUCGUGCUGGCCAACGCUUGCCUUCGGGUGGGUCAUUGGCCACGUAUUUUUAAGGAGUCGCUAUCGGUUAUCGUUCUGAAGCCAAAUAAGCCCUCCUACGCUGUGCCGAAGGCUUUCAGGCCUAUCAUACUCCUCAUCACUUUUGGUAAACUUAUUGAGAAGAUGAUUGCCAAUAGGAUACAGUUUGACACUGUCAAGCAUGAUAUCUUCCAUCCUAACCAACUUGGUGGCAUUCGCCAAAGGUCAACUGAGGAUGCUGGACUGAUUCUGACCCAUCUCGUGUGA